GCUCGGCCUGAAAGAGAUUCACGCCGAUGACGUCACUCGCAGAGUUGUCAUGGCGUCUUUGGGACCGAAGGUGCUGCUGCUGCAAUUUAGCUAAAAAUCUGUCGACAGUCCGCACGUCGAGAUGGAGAAAAAUGCAAACCUGCAUCGAGACGCCGACGGGAGCUCCGUGUGCGCCACGAUUGCGGCAAAGAUGGGCGACGUCACGGUUGUCGGCGGCGUGAAAGGAGCAGCCGAGAAAUGCAAGAACAGUGAGGCUCCUCUCGGCACUUUGGGCAACGUUAGUUGUAAUGACAGCACCACAAAUGUUUGCGCUCCCGGUGCCGUGAAUGUCACGUCUAGCGCCGGGAAGUCUGACGUGCCGCAGCCGGUCGAAGUCCCCUCCGCGCAGGAGGGUACGAAGGCGGACACCGAGGUGUCGGGGUCCGGGGAUCAGACCAGUAACGGGAUGGGGCAUGACUCGGUGCUGGCCGCAGAAGACAGAGAGGGUGGUGCCUCAAAGUUAGUAAACAACAAGAACGACGGCCCGUCCUCACCUCCCGCGAAGGCGCGCGCGGACUCGGCGGGCGAGGACUCGGCUGGCGGAGAAAGUGAACCGAUGAAACUUGCCAAGCCCACUCAUCUGUGUCCGGUCAACGCGAUGGCAGCGGACGUCAAGUCGGGGCUGUCCGGCGAUCGCACCUUGUCGGAGGGACUGGCGAGUGGGAGUGACCGCGAGCCCAGCCUCGGCGGAGAGUCCCGGAGCAUCGAUUCACUCGAGUCCUUCUCCAACCUCAACUCCUGCCCCAGCUCCGACCUGAACAGCGAGGGGCUGGAGGACCGAGGGCUGGCCCUGGCCCUGCAGGGCGAGUACGGGGCCGAGGGGACAAAGACCCUGUGCGCCAAGGACCGGGCCGCCGGCCAGUCCAUAUACCACAUCAAGUGGAUCAAGUGGAGGGAGGAGAACACGCCGAUCAUCACCCAGAACGAGAACGGCCCCUGUCCAUUACUGGCAAUCAUGAAUGUCCUUCUGCUGGCAUGGAAGGUCAAGAUGCCGCCAAUGAUGGAAAUUAUAACUGCGGAGCAACUGAUGGAGUAUCUUGGAGACUACAUUCUGGAAACCAAGCCUAAGGAGAUAACAGAGGCUCAGCGGCUCAACUAUGAGCAGAACAUGAGUGAUGCCAUGGCCGUGUUGCACAAGCUGCAGACAGGUCUGGAUGUGAAUGUGAAAUUCACAGGGGUGCGAGUCUUCGAGUACACCCCAGAAUGCAUUGUGUUUGAUCUGCUGGACAUUCCCCUUUACCACGGCUGGCUGGUCGACCCCCAGAUGCAUGACAUUGUCAAAGCAGUGGGCAACUGCAGCUACAACCAGCUGGUGGAGAAGAUAAUAUCCUGCAAACAUUCAGACAACAGCGAGCUGGCAGGUGAAGGCAUCGUCGCAGAGCAGUUUCUGAGCAGCACAGCCACUCAGCUGACGUACCACGGCUUAUGUGAGCUCACGUCCACCGUACAGGAGGGAGAGCUCUGCGUCUUUUUCAGGAAUAACCACUUCAGCACCAUGAUCAAAUACAAGGGCCAGCUGUACCUCCUGGUUACAGACCAAGGCUUCCUGACGGAGGAGAAGGUCGUCUGGGAGAGUCUGCACAACGUCGAUGGAGACGGCAACUUCUGCGACUCGGAGUUCCGGUUGCGGCCUCCCUCUGAUCCAGAGACGGUGUACCGCGGCCAGCAAGAUCAGAUAGACCAGGACUAUCUGAUGGCGCUGUCACUGCAGCAGGAGCAGCAGAGCCAGGACCUACAGUGGGAGCAGCUCCCCGAGGGCAUCAGUGACCUGGAGCUGGCGAAAAAGCUUCAGGAGGAGGAGGACCGACGAGCCUCCCAGUACUACCAGGAGCAAGAGCAGGAGCAGGCGGCGGCGGCGGCAGCAGCAGCAGCACAGGCACAGGGCCAACAGGAACCUGCCGAGGGAGAUGAGGCAGACAGAGGAGGUGCAGGAGCAGGUGGAGCAGCAGCCGUCACUGGGACGGCGGCGGCAGCAGCUGGAGCCACACCCAGCCCCGGAAAACAGUCCGCUAGCGGGGAGCGCAAAACCAAGAAAGAAUCAAAGGAUAAAGACAAAUGUGUUAUUUUGUAACAUACAGCGUGUGUGUGCGUGUGCGUAUGCAUGUUUUGUGCAUUUGCUUAUCUGUGAGGAAAGGAACAGCAUUUGUUUCUCUGGACACGCGACGCGGAGCCCCACUAGAUGACAAACGAGGGAAAGACACAAUUGAGGAGAGACGCAACGAGACUGACGGAGGAUUUGCUGUUCUCAAACCACUGGUGCCUGCUGUCCUCUACACCUAGACAUCAGAGGGAGGGACACUAUAACAACAACUACCCCUUAUCUUUCAUAGAGUCGGCCAAACUUUGUUACAAGUUGCACAGUGCACUAUAUUUGUGAUGUGGGGUCAAAUUUAUCUGGGUUGGUAUAUUUUAUAGCAAAAUAUAUAAUCUAAAGAAACAAAAUGUUCUGCUUUCUCACCUUGUUCUUUUCCCAAGAAAAAAAAACCCCCAUUCAUUUCACUAAUCUUUCAUUUUUGCAGUUUCUAAGCUUAUUUUGCUUAUCAAUAUUUACAAAACAUUUGAAGACAAACCCACAGGUUUGUUUGUAGUUUUUUUUUUUUAAAGUUCGCUGUCGAUGCCAAGAUCAAAUUUUAUUUAUGUUUUCUGUGUAACACGCAGCUUUUGGGAGAAGUUUUUUUUCUUUAAACAUAAAGGGAUUUUCUCAUAAUAUUGCCUGUUGGAAAUCAAUGUGACACUAUUUGUGUCCGCUCUGAAAAACCCUCUGCACCGAACGUUACUUAAUGCCAGGUAGCCGCCAGAUACUGUAGCUUCAUCACGAUACUCAUCAUAGCUUGCCCUGUUCAGAUUUGCCUUAACAGAGAGUGGCAGUGCUGUAUUCUGCUCUGUUUGAAUGUGAACGUGUAUUUGUUUUCACGUGUGUGGUGUGUACAUUGCGGUGUACGUCUCAUUUACUAUGAGUGUCACGGAUGUAAAAAGUCUUAUGAUUGGAAAUAACCAAACGUUUUAUGCUGUGUAAGUUAAGAUACAAAUUUGGGACAUUUUUUUAUGUAUUUUAUGCUGUGAUUCUACUUCACACAAAAAAAAAUUAAGUUUGGGACGGUGAAGUUAGGUUUUCAGAUUUUAACUGAUACAUUUACUCUGAAACUGAUGUUUCCGUGUGAGACGGAAGAAGCUUUUGGCAGAUAAGAUUCAUAUUCAAUCACAAGCAGUUUAGAGAGAGUGGUGGAUCUUUUCUUUCUCACAGUCUCUUCUAGCAUCUUCCUGAAGAGAUGUGUGUGUGUGUGUGUGUGUGUGUGUGUGUGUGUGUGUGUGUGUGUGUGUGUGUGUGUGUGUGUGUGUGUGUGUGUGUGUGUGUGUGUGUGUGUGUGUGUGUGUGUGUGUGUGUGUGUGUGUGUGUGUGUGUGUGUGUGUGUGUGUACUUUAUCUGUACUGUGUGUGUGUGUGUGUGCGUGCGCACUAUCAUGACCUCUUUUGUUGGUUCCACAUGUUGACGUUUCACUGCAGACCGCAGACUUCAGUGAUUCACAAUGUAAUAUUCCUCCAAACAAGGAAAACUCCCAAUUAAUAUUUGUGAAUAUAUAUCGUCCCCCGGGGUUAAUCUAGAAGUAACCUUUUCGAGCCCCUCUUUCAAAUUCAGAGAGGCGCAAAUUCAUUAUUGUUAUUCGUGGGAAAUAAGAUCACGACCGCAGGUCGUGCUGCCCCGGAGGAUAUACAUUCUGAAUACUGAACUGCCGUGGUUUGACCUUUUUUUAACUUCCUUUCACUGCAGCAUUGAGUGUGCAAACACAUGGUGUACAUAUUUACCUAAUGCAUUCUUAUCAUGGAUUUAGCAAGUGGUUCGUGCUGUAGCUGUACCACGGGACUGCCUCCUGAGAAACGUUUAUAUCUAUACAUUCCAAUUGGAAGCCUCGACUCAAGCCUUCGACCACAGACUGAGGGAGAGUGUUGUCACUGGAGGCGUUCGCAGUUGAAGGGCCUCUCCAUUAUUUUGCUCAGUAAGAACAAAUUCACUGUCAGGACAAUUACAUGGAGGCAGCAGGCAAACGACUGUGUAGGAAGCUGGAGUUUUACUUCACACUGUGUUUGAUCGGUCCUAAGAAGUCUCAUAUAUAUACUUCAGCAUAUUUUAUAGGACAAAAGGAAACAGGCGUAUUGUGACCAGAAUGAGACAAUCCAUGCAUUUUCCACACAAACGUCAGAAAUAAUCUCAGGCCUUUUGCUGAAGGGACAUGUCCUCCAGUGUCUUUUUCAAAUGGUCUACUUUGUAAUGGCACACUUCCUUGGCCUGUAGUCACUUUCUCUGUCACAACUUUUGACUGUCUGUGUAUGUAUACUCAUAACAACUAUUUGACACUUUGAAGGACUUAACACUAUGUUAUUUAAGACCCUCGUGGUCGAACUUCACAAAAACAAUGACUUAAGCUGCUCAUGUGUUAAGUUGGACUAUGUAAGAAUAAAUAAACCGCCCCUUGGACAGGGUAAAGGAACUUUGUUAACUAUGUACACCUUUUAUUGACUCCUUAGCAGUUGGUUUUUUAUGUCUUUUUUUUCUUCUUUAAUGCAGCUUCAAUAGAUAAUAUAAUCAUAAACUGAAAGCCAGAAGGUAAAGGGGCGGCUUUGUGGCAAUAUAUUUUCUUUACUUUCUUUUUUUGUGUCUUUACCAAGUUUCACCUCAUUUAUAUCUCGGCCCAUCAACUGAACAUGCUGUUGAAUCAUUCCAGUGGAAGUUUAAAAAUCAUGAAUCUUCACUUUGGGCACUUUGAAUUAAUUUGGAAUAUUUUAUGUUGGUUGGUGUUUGUAAGAUUGAAAAGCACGUGGAGCCACACAUGUUUAUUAUUAUUAUUAUUAUUAUUAUUAUCAUCAUCAUCAUCAUCAUCAUCAUCAUCAUCAUUUCAGCUAUACUGUGCAUUUAUGUGCUAUCCCUAGUCAUUAUUACCAGAAUUUGAUAUUUUUGUCAGAAGGAUGUUGUGUGUUUAAUGUCUAGGCGUGGUUUCUUGUAUGCCUUGUAAAAGUGAUGGUGGGGUAAAUGCUGUAAAAUUAGUAUUUUGUCAAAGGUGGUUGUUGAACAUAUAAUCAUUGAAAUUGGUAUUGCACUGUUACAUUUAUAUGCACUAACAGAAGAGAAACAUACCUCAUUUUAUACAGAACACAAAUUGUGCAAGAGUGCUAUAGUUCUUUGGGUACCUUUUAAAAACUGAAUAAUGGCCAAAACAAACAUCUGAAGCAGUUGCUCUUAAGCCAUUGUGACAAGUAUUAAUUUGUAAAAGUGUGAAAGGGCUCUUUAAAUGCUUUGGCUUAAAAUGACAAGAGUACACUUUGUUAAAAAAUUGUGCCACUUCAGUAGAACUUGCUGCAAUUUGAUAUAUUCAGGUUAGUGGUACACCAAUACCAGGCAAAAAGGCGACCGAUGCAAAGGUCUGAGUACGAGCAUAGGGUCAUAGAUGAUGAGGCAGGUAUGAAUGACAUCAGUAGCUUGAUGCUCAACAUUUGAACAGAAGCAGUUUUCUACAGGGCACAGGAGGAAAAUGUGUGGACGACACUGGUAUCCAUUCAAUCAGCAAAAAAAAAUGGUGUAGGUGUACCUCUAAUUCAGGUCAUCCAUCAUUUAACCACACGAUGUCCUCAAACCAGGGGCGAUACACCCAAACUUUAACACACGAAACAAAAGGGCAAGAGGCUGCUCCAUGAGGGUCGAGUGUUGACGUCCAUGUAGCAGAGGGAAAUGUCCAUUCUUGUUGUCUGAGACGGAUCCACAGUGCUGAACAAUCUGAAGGGAGACACAAAGACACACUCCCAGACUUUACUUUGUGGCGCAUGCGCAGUAUCGUGCGGACUGAAAAGUUAGGCAAAGUGAACAUUUGGAAUUGUUAACUUAACCCCAAAAAUGUAAUUUCCAAUGUGCGGCUCAUUAUGUUUAUAUAUCACAUAAAACUUACAAGCCAAGGGAGAAAAGGAAAGAAAGGUUUUUGAAUAUGGGAGGUUACACAUUUGUGUUGAUUUCAUUGUUCAUCUAUUUACAUAAAUGACCAAAUAAUGUAUGUCGCCUUUCACAUUACAGUCAAAUAUUGUAUAUGGUGAUAUAUAAAUAUGUAUAUCUAUAGAUAUACAUAUCUAUAGAUAUAUAGAUAUAAACAAAAUGCCUUAUAGACGAGGGAUAUUCAACCUGAUUUGAAGUUACAAGAAUAAUAAAAGACCAAGAUAAAUUGUUGGUUUUUGUGUCGUCAUUUGUGAUGAGCCCCAAUUAGUUUGAAGAUCAAAAUAAAACUUCAGUGUCAC